UCGUUACUACUACUACACGCAAAGUCUCGCAGAAGUUCGCGCUCGACCCGCUUACAGCUGCACCUUAUGCGUCCUCACGUGAAUGAGAUGCCGAGGUAGAGAGCAUCUGACUCGUGCUCCGACCGACGAUGACACGCGACGGUUCACCCGCGGAGGACUUCGCGGACAAAGUGAUGCUCCCGUGCACGUGCAACAAGAAGUGCAGGAGCCGGAGCGGCAGCGUGGUCUUCCUGGGAUUAUUCCUGCUGUCGCUGUCUCUGCACGCUGUCACGCUCGUCUGCUACUUGGACCUGCGGUCCGAGGUCAAAAGGGAAAUUAUCCACCAGAAGCGGGAUACAAUGUUGACAUUUGCGGGCAUCGACCCGGCCGACCCGGCGGCGGUGCUCGCGCCCGGGCAACCGCGACCGGACUCCGGCGUCGGCCGCGGCGGAGAGGGUCAUGAGGAGAAGUUACUACACAGAAAUGGCGAGUUGCAUGCCACACAGGAUAACCGGGGCAUAACUCAACGGGCGAAAAGAAGUCCCGGCAAGCAGCCAGAAACAGAAUUGACUGGAAGGGAAAGAAGGAAAGAAAAGAAAAAAGGGAAAAAGCGGCCUGUGCCGGGCCCCCCCGGUCCUCCGGGUCCCCCCGGCCCACAGGGGCCACCGGGCAUCCCUGGAAUCCCGGGUAUUCCGGGAAGCAACGCCGUGGGGCCUGCAGGCCCCCCCGGGCCCCCCGGGCCACAGGGACCCCCGGGCACUCCAGGUCCAGCAGGGGUUCCCGAUAAGACAAAAACAAAAGAAUUCCAGCCUGCAGUGGUUCAUUUGCAGGGUCAGGAGACGACCAUCCAAGUGAGAGAAGAUCUUUCUGAAGGCAUCCUCAGGAACUGGAAGAUGGUGUCCAUCCAUCACCGGGUGUUUAAAAUGCACUCCCGCUCUGGAGAGCUAGAGGUGCUGCUGGACGGUGUCUACUUCAUCUAUAGUCAGGUAGAAGUGUACUACCUCAACUUCACCGACAUUGCCAGCUACGAGGUGAUGGUGGAUUCCAACCCGUUCCUCCGGUGCACCUGCAGCAUCGAGACGGGCCAGCGCAAGUUCAACACGUGCUACACGGCCGGGGUCAGCCUGCUCCGCGCCGGCCAGAGGAUCUCCAUACGCAUAGUGUAUGAGGACACGCUCAUCAGCAUGACCAACCACACCACCUUCCUGGGAAGCGUCAGGCUUGGAGAGGCUCCAUCUGCUGGACAAAACUGAUAACUACACAACCACCGGGCCUCUACGUGAAAUGCCCCCCCCCCCCUCCUUCCCACUCUGUUCAGAGGAAACUUAAAUCCUCCCAGUAAUUGACAUUGAGGAAGCCCCCCCUCCCCCCACUUGGGGACUUUUGUCACCUUCACAGGUCUGCAUUAAGAAGAAGUGUAUAGUCCGCCCCACUUUAUCCUCACGUUGACUCUGUGCAAAGAGAUCAGCUGUGAUGAGCCUAAAAAACAAAAAAAAGGGUUCUAUUUCUAGUCACCAUUUGGUGUCAACACAGACGACAUCUCUCUUUAUAACCAGAAAGGACACUGCGCUGACAUAUACUUAAUAUUUACAUAUUGUCAAGUGCUGCUGAAUGAUAAUCUCGUAUCGCCAAAAAACACCAGCUAUUCCAAAUGCUCUAUUUGCAGUUUUUUAUAGUUGGUCAUUUUAAUUCAUUGAAUUAUAUCAACAGGUAUAAGUAAGUGGUUUAACAUGCGCUUAUUAGCACCAUAUGCCACUGGGUUAUUAAAAAAAAGUUCAAAGCAAGUAUAAAGGUAUCUAUGCAAGGCUGAGAAAAGAAACAUUACAACUGGAGUUAAAGGUAUUCACAGACCAACAGCACUAUAUAUUUUGCACAUAUUUGCACUACAGCAUCCCUGCAGAAUAUCAGAGAUAUGUUUUGUUACAGUGCUAUUGUUUGGUCACCGUAUGAAUGAAUCCAUGUGGAAAAAUGAUAGUUGUUUAUACGUCUCUGUACAUAUUGUAUAUAAAAAGGGAUAUACUUUUGUAAAUGGAGUUGAUUGAUGGAUUAAAAUGUUUAAUUUUCUGUCUAAAUG